UAUAGUGUCUUGAUGAAGCCCGGGGUCCAUCCCACACCUUCCAUCCUAACUACUAAUAAUUCGUCUUGUUUUGAUAACCAAACGAUCAAACUACCCUCAUUCAAUUCAUCUUCUCUUUCGAUAAGAUCGCAAAACAAUCAACCAAUUCAUCAUCUCCAAACCCUAAUUUCACCACUUCACCGAUCAAACCUUCAUCACCUCCCCCACAAAUCACACCAAAAUGACCGAUUCAACCGACAAAUUAUCAUACUUUCAAGCCAUCACAGGCGUCGAAGACAUCGAUUUAUGCACCGAAAUCCUCUCCGCCCAUAACUGGGACCUCGAACAAGCCAUCUCCACCUUCACCUCCACCUCAUCCACCGUCAAAAAUGAUAAUAAUACUCCGGCCACCACUUCCGCCGCCAGUUCCGCCACCGCCACAGGUAACAAUACUCCGAUCGAUACAUUUCAACCACCAGAAACAGUUAACAACGGUAACGGAACAAGUUUAGUCUGGAAUAUUAUUACGCUUCCGAUUACUAUAGUUUCCAGUAGCCUAGGGUUAGUUUCCAGUGCAAUUGGAUUAGGUUUUUGGAUUGCCGGUGGUGUGUUGUCCUAUACUUUAGGUGUGUUAGGGUUCGGUAGUUCGGUCUCGCCUCGUAUAAGUUCGAGUUCUGCGAAUUCGGCCGGUGCUGAGGCGGUUGAGUUUGUUGAAAUGUUUGAGAGGGAGUUUGGGAAUAGGCAUGUGAAUUUUGUAGGUGAGGGGUUUAUGGAGGUGUUGCAGCGGUCGAGGCGGGAGUUUAAGUUGAUGUUUGUGUAUUUGCAUUCGCCGGAGCAUCCGGAUACCGAGAGGUUUUGUGUGGAGACGUUGUGUUCGGAGGUGUUGUCAGAGUUUGUGAAUGAGAAUUUUGUGGCGUGGGGUGGGAGUGUUAGGGGAGUUGAAGGGUUUAAGAUGGGGAAUAGUUUGAAAGCGUCGAGGUUUCCGUUUUGUGCGGUGGUUAUGGCGGCGACGAAUCAGAGGAUCGCUUUGUUACAGCAGAUCGAGGGGCCUAAAUCCCCUGAAGAAAUGCUAACAUCGUUGCAGAGAGUUCUAGAAGAAAGCUCCACAGUCCUUGUUGCUGCAAGACUCGAGGCCGAGGAGCGUAUGAACAACAUACGUUUGAGGGAGGAACAAGAUGCCGCAUACCAAGCUGCACUUGAAGCUGAUCAAGCUAGAGAACGACAAAGAAGGGAAGAAGAAGAAAGACUAGCAAGAGAAGCUGCUGAAGCUGAGCGGAAGCAGAAAGAAGAAGAAGAGGCCCGUGCUAAAGCAGCCCGUGAAGCUGCCGAGAGAGAAGCUGCGUUGGUUAAAUUGCGUGAGGAGAAAGGUCUGUCCUUGGGCCCAGAACCCGAAAAAGGGCCCGACGUUUCACAGGUAUUGGUGAGAUUACCAAACGGGGAUCGCAAGGGUCGGAGAUUUUACUGUACUGCUACAAUACAGUCUCUAUACGACUUUGUUGACUCUUCAAGUAGCUUAGAAAUUGGAAAUUACACUCUUGCCACCAACUUCCCUCGUGUUCUCUACGGUCCGGACAAACUAUCUUUAACGCUUAAAGAGGCUGGGCUACACCCUCAGGUCAGUCUUUUUGUCGAACUGAAUUCAUGAAACUUUAAAUAGGAUUUUUUUUUGGUUUUCAGUCUUGCAAGACCAUUUCUGUUUCAUUGCAAACGUUAAGUACACAUUGACACCAAAUUGAACGUUGGUUGCCAUUUUUUGACAGUUUUUUCGGUUAGGUGACUUGUUUGGAAUCUUUUAAUAAUUUUCUUUUGUAUAUUACCAUCGUAUUUCUUUUCAAUGUA